CCUGAGCAUCAGCUGGCUGUUCUGCUUUAAUGAAGCUGCGGUGAGGUUGGGCUUCCUGCCUUGGUAAAUAAUGAAGGUGACCGGUGUGUUAAGUGUAGCCGCUGCCCAUCGGACAGUGCUGGGCUUGGCCACCGCCUGAUGCUGGGAUUCACUCGACCAUCCUCCCCAAAGCACUUCCACACUGGUGACUUUCAGCCAUGAUUGUGAGCUGCAGCCAGGUCCACGCGUUGCCUUCCCUUACGAGUCACAAGUCCCCCAACAGGGCCGGCAGCUGGACACUCAGACAGGGGAAAAAGGAAGAGCUGGAACAAGAGACAAAAAGAGGGAUCCCUGAAAAAGUGUCAGCGAAACAAAAGACCCCGACUUGGUGGACCGGGACUGAGAGAGGUGCAGAGGAGCCACACAGACACAGGUUCAGUAUUUGGGUGAUGAUCCGGGCCUGAUCGGCAGAUCCCCCCCGACUGCUGAGCGCCGCCCGGCUGAGGGGGAGGGGUCAUGGUGUGGAACCUGCUUCUGGCCCUCCUGCUGCUGCUCCUCCUACAGGCCCGGCUUGCUGUGUGCCUCCGCGGGAUGCGUGGGCUGGCAUCCCCGCCGGGCAAUGCCACACAGCGGCUUCCCGGCGCCAUCAUCAUCGGCGUGAGAAAGGGCGGCACGAGGGCACUGCUGGAGAUGCUCAACCUGCACCCGGAUGUGGAGGUAGCUAAGGCUGAGGUGCACUUCUUCAAUGUGGAUGAGCAUUACCACCGUGGGCUGGCUUGGUACCGUGCCCAGAUGCCGGUGACCCUGCCGGGCCAGCUGACGGUGGAGAAAACUCCUGGGUACUUUGCGAGCCCUCAGGCCCCAGCGAGGGUGCGAGCCAUGGACCGGGCCGUGCGGCUGUUGCUCAUCGUUCGUGACCCGGCGCAGCGGCUGGUGUCCGAUUACACGCAGGUCCUGCACAACCGCAGGGAGCGCCACAAGCCUUACCCUGCUCUGGAAGAACUGCUGCUGCUGGACGGCGCUGUGAACCCUGCUUACAAGGCCCUGCAGCGCAGUCUCUAUCACCUGCACCUCAGUCGCUGGAUGGCCCACUUUCCCAGGGCCCAGAUCCACGUGGUGGAUGGUGACGCCCUCAUCCGGAACCCCUUCCCUGAGCUGCAGCGGGUGGAGCACUUCCUGGAGUUGCCGCCGCGCAUCAGUGCCUCCAACUUCUACUUCAACGCCACCAAGGGCUUCUACUGCCUGUUCUCCGCUGGCCGCGACAAGUGCCUGGACGAGUCCAAGGGGAGGCCACACGCCCCGCUCAGCCGGCCAGCUCUGCGCAUGCUCUGCCACUUCUUGAAGGAGCCCAACCGUCGCUUCUUCAGCAUGGUGGGCCGCACCUUCGCCUGGUGCUGAGGCUCCACCCACUGCCCCUCCCAUACCCCCACCCACCCCAACCGAACGGUUUCCUCCAGUGCUGGGAUGAAGAACAAGGAACGAGGUGUCCGACAGAGAGCGUGACUCUUCUUAACCUACCCCAAUUUCUCUCUGCUGUGUACAGAGCAGUUACGGGAAGAAGGGAGAGCAGGGCUGUCAGAUGGGUUUCUGCCUGGGUGCAUUAAAAAUAACUUGCUGGGAAUAUAAGGACCAAUCAGCUUUAGUGACACUGGGGUGUUAUAACUGUGACUCAGACCAAUAAAAACAGAGUGGAAAUGUAGAGGAGCAGUUAAGGGGAAAUGAACAGCUACGGAUUCUGUCAUGUUUGUAUACCGAGAACACUUAGCAUGAUCAUUUAUUCCCAGGUGAUGUGCACAUUUUUCUGUAAAUUUUAACUGAUCCCUAUGCAGUCACCUCUCCCAAAUUAAGUGAAAUGUAGAAAGGCAGAAUUUCUACACGCAACUGGGACAUUUAUGUAAACCAUUUAAAGUAACGUAGAAUUAUAUAGUAUUACAUGAAAAGUGUAAGGGAUGUAUUCUUCACUCAGUACAGAGCGGACACAGUGGCUGGCAAAACAAUAAUAUAGAAAGUAUUGUUAAGCACACCCAGAAAUGCAAGCGUCGCAGACAGAAUUCUCUAGGCGGUUUGAAAACUUACCUUCAGAGAAAAUAUGUAUAUUUUACACCUCACUGUGCCCCACAGUUUGAACAUUUUUUCAUCGUGCACGCAUGAUUCCUAGAGAGCCUGCAGAGGCCUGCAGAGAUACACAGAUACACUUGUAAAGUAUUUAAGUGGCUAUAAUAAAGAAUUCACAAGCAGCGGCCCCUCACGCACACUGACGUCCUCAUACUGGACAGAAUUUCUAACGAUUUUAUAGACAUCCCAGCUAAUUGAAUAUUCAUGCAUCCACAAAGCCUGGGUAUCAGAUCCUGGCUACGGAUUUUACGGUGCUCAUGUGUGCACUUCUAAGCAUCUGUAUUCCAUUUACGAUUUGUUGUCUUUUUUAUGUUCAACAUAUAAAUAUUUCAUUGAGAGUAUCUUUAUUUUUAAUUUUCUUCUAAGACAGAUAUUGCAAUGAUUUGAAUGGUAAUUUCACAACUUUUGGCACUGCAUUGUUUUCUUGUAUAUUGUAUAUUCUCAAUACAAACAGGACACCAUUAAAGUGCUUUCUAAGUCGA